GAAGGGAUUUUGCAGAAAUGAAAGUGGAAGCAAAGCCUGCAGGCAGAGCCAUCAGAAGUGCACGUCAGGCCCAGCUUGGAGGGGACUAAGACACCUCAGAAGGUACAAGCAAGCGUUUCGUUACAGAGAACGCUGCCACUUUGCGCCCAGCUCUGAAGCCUCAGCCCUUGCCAACUGGACCCCAGGCCCAUGUCAGUCUAUGAUGCGGCCCUCUGUGCGCUUCAGGAGGAGCAGACCAGACUGAGGAGGAGGCUGCAGGAACUGCAGCAGCAGAGGAGAGAGCUCAGGGACAUCUCCCCUGACCAGGUCCCAUUCUCAGUACCUGCAGUCCCCCUGGUGUUCCGAGGACACACUCAGCAGGGCAAAGAGGUGCCCACGUGUUUGGUUUCCAAACUGCGGAUCUGCUACCCUCUGCCAGGAGGUUCUGCUCUGGUCACCUUUGAUGACCCCAAGGUGGCUGAGAGGGUGCUACAGCAGAAGGAACAUAAAAUCGACAUAGAGGAAUGCCGGUUGCGGGUGCAAGUGGAAGCCUUGGAGCUGCCCAUGGUGACCACCAUCCAGGUGUCCACUCAGAUAAGCAGGUGGAGCGUGCUGGUCAGUGGGUUUCCUGCAGGGCUCAGACUGAGUGAGGAGGAGCUGCUGGACAAACUGGAGAUCUUCUUUGGCAAGAUCAGGAAUGGAGGUGGUGAGGUGGAGACCCGGGAACUACUACUGCAAGGGGGUGUUGUUCUGGGUUUCACUAAGGACACAGUGGCGCAGCACCUGUGCCAGGUUGGCCAGUUCACAGUGCCACUGGGCAGGCAAAGUUUCCCUUUGAGAGUCUCUCCCUACCUAACUGGGGAGAUCCAGAAGGCAGAGAUCAUGUUCCGGCCGGUGCCCCAAUCAGUGCUAGUGCUCAACAUUCCUGAUGUCCUGGAUGGCCCAGAGUUGCAGGACAUCCUGGAGAUCCACUUCCAGAAGCCCUCUCGUGGAGGUGGAGAGGUGGAGUCCCUGAGAGUUGUGCCCCCGGGACAGCGGGGCCUGGCAGUCUUUACUGCCACAUCGGGCUAAGAGCCUACCCUUCUCAUUGCCCCCACCCCUCGGCCAAGCCUCUUCAACCAGGCUGGAGUCAGGUGCAUUGGGUGCAAGAGAUUGUGCUAGUCAACAGCGUCAGGGAUUAUGGGUUGUACAAUGCUGCCCAAGAACAAUAAAAGUGGCGUGACCUUC